CUUCUCUCCUGUCCAGCGCUGCCGCCAUCUUGAUCUAGACAAUGAAGAAUUUGAAGACUUAAACAAACUUCUCAAUGCCACAUUGUCAAAAACAAUACCUGCUACAGUGCCCUAAGGCCAUAUCUUUAACAAAUCGAAUGAAAGAUACUGCAUGGAAACAGGCCCUCAGCCCAUCGGAUCUAUGCUAAUCAUCCAUUAUCUGGUCCCACUAGUCCAAUGGUCUGAAGAAGGGACUCGGCCCGAAAUGUUGCCUAUUUCCUUCGCUCCAUAGAUGGUGCUGCACCCGCUGAGUUUCUCCAGCACUUUUGCCUAGUCCAAUGUUAUCCCACUUUCGUAUCCGUUCCUUACACACUAGGGGCAAUUUACAGAAGCCAAUUAACCUACAAGCUCACAUGUCUUUGGGACAUGGUAGGAAACCAGAGCACUCUGAGGAAAUCCACAUGAUCUCAGGGAGAAUGUGCAAACCCAUUGCAGCCACCACCCAAGGUCAGGAUUGAACCCAAGUCUCCGGCACUGAGAGGCAGCAUCUAUUAAUGAUUGAAAGAUGCGGCAAAAACAGGCCCUUUGAUCCACCAAGUCCACUUCGACCGUUGACCACCCAUUCACAUUAGAUCUAUGUUAUCCCACAUUCCCAUCCACACCCUACACACUAGGGGCAAUUUAGGCAAAUUAAUCUACAAAUCUGCACAUCUAAAUUCUAUUGGCUUUGAUCCUCCAGUUCCACCUUUGCUGAUAUUUGCUGGUGUCCCUAUGCAAUUUUCUCAAAUUGCUUUUGGCUGUAGACCAGUAGUUUAUCAUAAACAGAAAUAAAAUUGUUUGAUGUAAUAUUAACUGACUACAUUACUUUCAUGAGAUCUGUAAAAUAUGGUCAGAGAUUUCUCUUUGACACGUUUGAAUGGAACUCUCAGGUUCCAGUGACUUGGCGAUUUAAAUUUUUGAAGCUUUUUAAUUUCAGAUUUAUUGAGCUGAAGUGGGAGCGCGGGGGCCCUUCCAGUAUGGACGACCAAAAUACAAAAAAAACUGUUCUUCACUUCCGCGUUCAACGCCUUUUUGUCAUGUUUCUGGUAUUGCUGCCAAUACUGAUGCUGAUCCUAAACUUACAUCUCGUCAAGUUCAAUACGUAUUCAAUUUCUGAAUCGGGCUCCCAAAGGAGCAGAUAUCCACCUCCGAAGAAUCAUUCCACAAUAGGACAAGACAUGCAAAUGUUGAAAAAUGAUUGGGCACAUAAGCUGGUGGGGUAUGGCUACCAGAAUCACUGCUUCACCCCUCAAGAAAGGUCAGAGGGCACAGUCCUGAUCAAAAUGCUUAAAUGGCCAACACCUCCCAAAUCUGCCGUGCCUUAUCAGAAGAGCAGCGACCCAUCGCGUGUUCGCUUUGUUAUUUUGGAUUCCGGGAAGACUUUCUAUGUCGGCGAUCAAUUGCAAGUGAUGCUGCGUAUGUUUGAUUUUGAAGGAAAUCCGAAACAAUAUGGGGGCGAUUAUCUCCAAGCGCGGAUCCACACCCCAGAGUUAAACGCCGGCUCAGCAGGAACAGUCAUAGAUAACCAAAAUGGAUUGUAUUACAUAAAUUUUAUUUUACUCUGGCCGGGGAAAGUCCAAGUGUCUGUCACCUUGGUUCAUUCUAUUGAAGGGGUCCAGGUGCUUCAGAGAAUGCGAGAAGAACAGCCAUUUAGAGUGUUUUUGAAAAGUACCUUCAAAUACGGGGCCAUUGCAGAUGCCACGGUGUGCAAUCUCUUUUUACCUCAGACUAAACCACUUUGUAAUUUUACUGAUCUUAAGACUGGGGAGCCCUGGUUCUGUUACAAACCUAAAAAGCUUCCUUGCUCUGCUCGUGUGAAUUAUGACAGAGGAGGAUAUAUGAAGCCCCUAUUAAUUCAUGAUGAACUCAAGUUUUUCCAAAGGUAUGUUGCUAGAUUGAACAAUGAAAAAUUAUGGUUAGAAAUGAAUGAAUAUUCAUUUCUAACCAUAAUUUUUCAUUGUUCAAUCUAGCAGGGCUGUUGUAUGUAUACGAGGUAUGGAAGAGUAUAGUGUUGCAGGUUUUGCAUGUUGUAGUUUACAAUCAUUUCAUGUUUUAGUGCCCAAAUAUUUUUCGGCAUUUGCAUGCCUUGCUCUAUUAUGGAAAUAUUGUUUGGAGAUAGAUAUCUGCUCCAUUGGGAGUCUACUGCAGAAAUUAAAGAUGUAUUUGCCAAAAGGAGAAAAUAAAAGCAAUGUUUAAUACUGUAUAUUUGAUGGUGGUAUCUCAGACUGUAAGAAUACUGUAAGUACGUUCCUGUAAAUUUCAUCUGUUAAUUCCCACAGAGCUCAGGAAAUUAUCCAACACUGGAAUGUCAAUUGCGAAGUACAAUAUGAAAAACCUUCAGUUUUUGGCACAUUGACGAAGUCAAUAUUGGUGCAAUAGUUUUCUGUUGCUUCAAAAUACAGGAUGGGAAUUAGUGCUUGCAUGCACCUCGAUAAUUUGUCUCAUGUCGUUUGUUUGGUUUGGUUUCUCAUUCCAGGCUGGUGUGUGCUAUAAGGAGAGUUUUUUUUUUUUCCUUUUUAUUUUAUUAGAAGUAAGUACACUCAUAUGGCACCAAAGUGCCUAAUAUAUAUUUUCAUAAUACAUUUUAUGUACAACUUCUUUUUUUUUUUUUGUUACAUUGAAAAAAGAUUAGAAUAAGAAAAAGAAGUUAGAUAGUAAAGGAUAGAAAGAUGUGAAAUAUAUAGUGUGUGAAGAAAGAAAACGAGUAAAUGAAGAAAGUUGAGAGAGAAAAUAGAGAAAAGAAAAUAAAAUAAAAAAGAAAAGGAGAUCAUUAUUUAUAAUCUUGACCAACCCUCGUCCAGUCCUGAAACAGUUCUUUUACAAUUGUGUUGCACCAUAUGAUUCCAAAAAAACGACGAAUGGAGACCAACUCGUUAUGAAUUGGUCUGAUUGAUCCAUUAGGAGGAAUCGCAUUUCCUCAAGAUGAGCUGUGUCCAACAUACUUGCAAUCCACAUUUUAAGCGUUGGUAUUGAUGUACCCUUAUAAAAUUUAAGUAUUAAUUUUUUUGCUAUUAUUAAACCAUAGUUAAGGAAUAGAUUUUGAGAUGUGUUCAAUUUAUUCCCAUCUUCCAUUACACCAAAUAUAAUCAUUUCAGUAUUAGGUUCCAUUAGAAGGAAAUCCGAAACAAUAUGGGGGCGAUUAUCUCCAAGCGCGGAUCCACACCCCAGAGUUAAACGCCGGCUCAGCAGGAACAGUCAUAGAUAACCAAAAUGGAUUGUAUUACAUAAAUUUUAUUUUACUCUGGCCGGGGAAAGUCCAAGUGUCUGUCACCUUGGUUCAUUCUAGUGAAGGGGUCCAGGUGCUUCAGAGAAUGCGAGAAGAACAGCCAUUUAGAGUGUUUUUGAAAAGUACCUUCAAAUACGGGGCCAUUGCAGAUGCCACGGUGUGCAAUCUCUUUUUACCUCAGACUAAACCACUUUGUAAUUUUACUGAUCUUAAGACUGGGGAGCCCUGGUUCUGUUACAAACCUAAAAAGCUUCCUUGCUCUGCUCGUGUGAAUUAUGACAGAGGAGGAUAUAUGAAGCCCCUAUUAAUUGAUGAUGAACUCAAGUUUUUCCAAAGGUAUGUUGCUUACAUUCAUUCAUUUCUAACCAUAAUUUUUCAUUGUUCAAUCUAGCAGGGCUGUUGUAUGUAUACGAGGUAUGGAAGAGUAUAGUGUUGCAGGUUUUGCAUGUUGUAGUUUACAAUCAUUUCAUGUUUUAGUGCCCAAAUAUUUUUCGGCAUUUGCAUGCCUUGCUCUAUUAUGGAAAUAUUGUUUAGAGAUAGAUAUCUGCUCCAUUGGGAGUCUACUGCAGAAAUUAAAGAUGUAUUUGCCAAAAGGAGAAAAUAAAAGCAAUGUUUAAUACUGUAUAUUUGAUGGUGGUAUCUCAGACUGUAAGAAUACUGUAAGUACGUUCCUGUAAAUUUCAUCUGUUAAUUCCCACAGAGCUCAGGAAAUUAUCCAACACUGGAAUGUCAAUUGCGAAGUACAAUAUGAAAAACCUUCAGUUUUUGGCACAUUGACUUGAAGUCAAUAUUGGUGCAAUAGUUUUCUGUUGCUUCAAAAUACAGGAUGGGAAUUAGUGCUUGCAUGCACCUCGAUAAUUUGUCUCCUGUCGUUUGUUUGGUUUGGUUUCUCAUUCCAGGCUGGUGUGUGCUAUAAGGAGAGUUUUUUUUUUUUUCUUUUUAUUUUAUUAGAAGUAAGUACACUCAUAUGGCACCAAAGUGCCUAAUAUAUAUUUUCAUAAUACAUUUUAUGUACAACUUCUUUUUUUUUUGUUACAUUGAAAAAAGAUUAGAAUAAGAAAAAGAAGUUAGAUAGUAAAGGAUAGAAAGAUGUGAAAUAUAUAGUGUGUGAAGAAAGAAAACGAGUAAAUGAAGAAAGUUGAGAGAGAAAAUAGAGAAAAGAAAAUAAAAUAAAAAAGGAAAGGAGAUCAUUAUUUAUAAUCUUGACCAACCCUCGUCCAGUCCUGAAACAGUUCUUUUACAAUUGUGUUGCACCAUAUGAUUCCAAAAAAACGACGAAUGGAGACCAACUCGUUAUGAAUUGGUCUGAUUGAUCCAUUAGGAGGAAUCGCAUUUCCUCAAGAUGAGCUGUCAACUCUGUCUAUCGCUCUCAUCAUUUUAAAAACCUCUAUCAAGUCCCCCCUUAACCUUCUGCGCUCCAAAGAAUAAAGCCCUAACUUGUUCAACCUUUCUCUGUAACUUAGUUGCUGAAACCCAGGCAACAUUCUAGUAAAUCUCCUCUGUACUCUCUCUAUUUUGUUGACAUCCUUCCUAUAAUUAGGCGACCAAAAUUGUACACCAUACUCCAGAAUUGGCCUCACCAAUGCCUUGUACAAUUUUAACAUUACAUCCCAACUUCUAUACUUAAUGCUCUGAUUUAUAAAGGCCAGCACACCAAAAGCUUUCUUUACCACCCUAUCUACAUGAGAUUCCACUUUCAGGGAACUGUGCACAGUUAUUCCCAGAUCCCUCUGUUCACCUACAUUCUUCAAUUCCCUACCAUUUACCAUGUACGUCCUAUUUUGAUUUGUCCUGCCAAGAUGUAGCACCUCACACUUAUCAGCAUUAAACUCCAUCUGCCAUCUUUCAGCCCACUCUUCCAACUGGCAUAAAUCUCUCUGUAGACUUUGAAACUCUACUUCAUUACCCGCAACCCCACCUAUCUUAGUAUCAUCUGCAUACUUACUAAUCCAAUUUACCACACCAUCAUCCAGAUCAUAAGGGUAUUGAUGUACCCUUAUAAAAUUUAAGUAUUAAUUUUUUUGCUAUUAAUAAACCAUAGUUAAGGAAUAGAGUUUGAGAUGUGUUCAAUUUAUUCCCAUCUUCCAUUACACCAAAUAUAAUCAUUUCAGUAUUACGUUCCAUUCUUGUCUUGAAUAAUUUUGUAAAUAUUUCAAAAAUAUCAUUCCAAAAUCUAUAAAGUUUUAUGCAGGAAACUAAGGAGUGUGUUAUAGUUGCCUUUUGGGCUAGACAUUUAUCACAAGUGGCGGAUAUAUUUGGAUAAAAUUUGUUCAAUCUUGUUUUUGAAUAAUAUAAUCUAUGUACAAUUUUAAAUUGAAUUAGAUUAUAUCUUACAUUAAUUGAACAUUUGUGAAUAUACAUCAGGUAUUUUUCCCAUUUAACCUUCGUAAUUUUUAUCAUUAGUUCCCGUUCCCACUCUUCUCUAAGUACCUCUGUCGAUGGUAGGUCUAUAUUUAGAAUACUAUUAUAUAAAUAUGA